AUGUAAAUAUAAAUACCUCUUAUUUUCAUCCUUCAAAUUGUUAAAUAUAUACAUUCUUGUUAAAAUUCACAGUUAAAAAUUUCCCAAAUUUAACAAUAAAUAUAGUCCCAUAAAUUAAUAGAAAUUCUAAAAUUUUAUAUUGUCAAUAAGAAGAUGAUAAAUUAUAAUUAUAAUAAGGUUCAGUUAAUUAAAAUUAAUAUCCUCCUUCUUCCUGUUAAACUGUCAGUAUUCGAAAAUUAAAACCAUAGACAUUUUUAUUCUUAAAAAAUGAAGAAAACAUUUCUCAUAGAUGAAAUUUACAAGAAAAAUCUGAUCUAUUCUUAGAUUUACAAAUUAUUAACAUAAUUUAUAAUAAUGAAUUGUAUGAGUGAUGAAUGUUAAGAGAAAUUUCAGCAAAUUCUCCAGCUUAAAGAUUUAUUUAGCAUUCGCGAAGUUUUACCAUAAAGAGUGCAAAAAUAUAAGAUGUUUGAUAUAAAAUUCCAAUUAAGGUAAAUUCGUCAUCAAAAAUUGAAGAGAUUAGAUCAAAUUAUAAAUAGCUCUAUUUAUUCCCAACCAACUUAAUGUCAAUAAGGAACAGAAAAAUAAAUAUCAAAGUAAUUUAGGAAUUUAUUUCUUGCUGAUUAAUAAAAUAUCUGUUUGGGUUGUGAUAAAUACAUUUUUGAAAAAAAAGUGAUAUUAUUAUGUUAGGAUAAAUUUGCACACUGUUAUCAUUCAAGUUGCUUGGCGAAAAUGUUGAAAUAAUAAUUAGAAUCCAAAUGCAUUCAAUUUUAUUGUAUGUGUAAAAGUCAAAUUAAUAAUGGAUAAAUAAUAAGACAAAAGUAUUUUGAUUUAGAAGUAUAUGUGGAUAAAUUGAUGGAAAACUAAAUUCAAUAUUUCAAAAGUCGUCUACCUAAUAUAAAAACUUGUGCUAAUAAAAAUUGUAAUUUUUUUUGGCUAUUAAACGAUUCAGUUAAAAAAAGAAGUAAGUCCUAAUGUAAAUCUUACCCUAUUACUUAUUUACCCUCGAAAACAUCCAGGACUUCUUAUCUCAACUUUUGUCCUCAUUGUAGAUUUUUAUGA